AAACUUACAGCUCUUAUAGUAGAUGAUGACAUUGUAGUUCAAAUGGUCUACAAAACACUUCUAAGGAAAUUUGGUGUGGAAACUCAUGAGGCAAAAAAUAGUCAAGAUGCACUUCUUGCUCAUCACAAUGGUGCAUGCUUUGAUCUGACUAUGAUGGACUUGGAUAUGUUAGUAACGAACGAUCGUCAAGCAACUAAGGAACUUCGAAAUAUGCAUAUUGAUAGCUUGAUUGUGGGAAUGACCUCCCGCGAAAAAGAAGAAGAGGAGAAAUUAUUCAUGAAUGCUGGCCUUGAUUAUUAUUAUUAUUAUUAUUAUUAUUAG